AUGACCUUCUCUUAUACUUCUCCUGCUUCUCUUCGUGCUCCUCCCACUGCCACCAAGGCUGAUAUGCCUCCUCCUCUCUUCCUCCCAGCCCGUUUCGGGAACAACGUUUUGGCUGCGUUGGCUGCCUCUGUCCCUGUUGGUCAGUUGCCUCCAGGUUCCAUGGAGAUGGAGAUCGAAGAUGAUCCCAUGGACCUGGUUGAUGAGGUAGAAGAACUCGAGGUUCUUCUGUCUCAGAUUGACCUGGACGAUGAUCCAAUGGAGGGUGUUGUCUUCGGACACAUCUGGUGA